GUUGCACGGUAAAGAGUAACAUGUGCGUUUAAAUGUUUCAACAUUUGUAGUUUACAAAACUCUGAACUUUGUAAUUAAUAUUUGUUUAUGGCUUCAAGAAUAUUAAAUUAAAAAUUGUGGUUGACUUUAAUCUUUUUCAAAAAAUACAAGAAAAAGAAAUAUCAUGAAGAAUCUAACAACAAAACAACUACAAAGAAUAGAGAAAAAGAAAAAGAAAAUGGCAGCACUUCUGGAAAUAACUAAAUUAAAUGAUAAAGAUAAAGAAGCUAAAAUGCUUGCUCUUAAAAAAACUUCUACAGAAUUAGACGAAUCAAAUGAUAUAGACAGCAGUGAGGUUUCUAUGGAAGAAAUUGUGAAACGUAAACGUCCAUGCGAUGAAAAUUUGGAGGAAACAUUUUUAAAUAAUUCUGUUGAAAAAGAAAAUGAAAUAGAUACAGAAGAAUCAGAUACACUUGCUAAUAAAAAGCCUAGAUUAAGUGGAGAUGAUUAUUUAAAAUUAAAACAAAAAUUGAGAGAACGUAAAAAGAAAUUAAAAACAAUGCCACGAUUUCGUUUAAAAACAGUUGGUGAAAAUGCUAGCUUAACUAUUAAUGUUAAGAGUGAAAAUAGAAUUCCUAUUUUUUUUAGUGAUAUACAACAUUUAUUAUUGUACUCAUUAUGUGGUCAUCAUUCACCCUAUAUGCCAACAAGAUGGUGUCAUCUUGAAAAAUAUAACAGGAUCACACACACUGUGGUUCUUGUUAUUGAAGGACUUUCAUUAUAUCAUUUUAUGGCUUAUGAAAGUAUGUUUCCAUAUAUAAGAUCAAAGUUGAAACAUCGAGUAGAAGUUGUGACACCAGCAGCCUAUGGAGGAUCAGUAAUAGAAGAGCUUGCAGCUGUUCCCAUAACCGGAAUACAAAGUGAUAAAUUACGUAAAGAAUAUGGAUCAUUAGAAGCUGCAUUACAUAAUAACGGUGAUGUAAUAAAAUUAUUACGAAUUGUAUUUCCAAUGUGUGGAGAUCCAUCGAGAAAUGCGAAAAGGUUGAGAACAUAUGAUCUUCCUGAAACUGAUAAAUUUCCACGUACAAAAUUACUUUUAUCUUUAUGUCAAAUGGUAGAAGAAAAUUAUCCUGUUCCACUGAAAGGCGAAUUAGCAAAAAAAUAUGAGAAUUAUAUAAUGACAAAAGAUGUUUAUGUAGAAACCAAUGAAAAAUCUCCAAUGAUUAGUUUAGAUUGUGAAAUGUGUAAAACAACUACUGGAGAAUUGGAAUUAGCGAGAAUAUCUCUCGUAGAUGAAAGUAUGGAAAUUAUUUACGAUAGUCUGGUAAAACCGGAUAAUCCUAUCACGGACUAUCUUACUCGAUUCAGUGGUAUAACAGAAGAAAUGUUAGAAGGUGUCACAACUACGUUGUCUGAUGUUCAACAAAUAUUACGAAAAUUGCUUCCUCCAGAUGCAAUUCUUGUAGGACAAAGUUUAAACUGUGAUCUUCAUGUGUUGAAAAUGAUGCAUCCAUACAUCAUUGAUACAUCCAUAAUUUUUAACAUUACUGGUGACAGAUAUCGAAAAACAAAAUUACAAACUUUAGUCAGACAAUUUCUCGGUGAAAGAAUACAAGAAAGUCAAUCUGGCCAUUGUUCAGCUGAAGAUUCACGGGCUUCUAUGAAAUUGGUACAAUUAAAAUUAGCAAAUAGUGUGAAUUUUGGAGAUGCUGUAUUAUUUGAUUGUAACAUGGAAAUAUUAAAUAUACACCAAAUGAUAAAUGAUCAAGGAUCAUUAAGAACUGAGAUACAAAAAUAUGCCACCUCAAUUUUCAAAUAUGCAGUUAAAGAUGAAAAAACUGCUGCCAUUGUGGGUAAUAAAGAAGUGAUCAAUGAAUAUUCGAAAUAUUUAACUUCUUCUAUCAAUAUUAUGGAUGAUGAAAAUUUUGGUAAAAACGAUCAAGUACGUCUUGUAAUCGCAAACAAGGAUAAACAGGCUGUCCUUCGAGCUUCACAAAUAGCUACAAAACAUGUUUUUACUUUAUGUCAUGUUAAGAUAAAACAAGAAAAAUUAAAAAAUGAUAAAAUACAAAAAACGUUCCGUACUGUAAAUAAAUGGAUACAUAAAUUGUGGAAGCAUAUGGCAGUGAAUGGUUUAGUAUGUGUUAUAUUUACUGGAGAAAAUCAUGCAGCAAAUGGUGCUUGUUUUUUGAAUUUGAAGAAAGAUUGUACGAUACAAAAUAGAGAAAUUAAUAAAUUAAAUUAAAAAUUUAAAUUUUUUUAUUCUUUGUAAAUUUAAUGAGAAUUUUUACAAUAUGUAAAAAUCUAUUGAACAGAACAUAUACAUUUAUAAGAUGGAUAUCAAAUUAAAGAAAAUAUUGAAUUUAAUUAGAUUGAUUUAAAAUUUUUAUUAGACAUUAAACAUUUAAUUAUUUUUAUAUAAUACAAAAUAUGGAUUAUUUUAAAUAUACAGUAAUAAUAAAGAUAAUAAAGUCGGGAGUUACAAAUAGAAACAAAUAUCCAUAUCGUUUCAUUUUGGGAUUAUAUCUUAAUUUUAUCAUAUAUCUAUAAAUAAAGUAAUAUUGAACAUGUAUGCACGGUUUUGAUUAAAAAUAAAUUAAACUUUAUAUUAAAAAAUAUACAUUAUUUUAUGCUAAUAAUAAAUUACAAUUACAAAAUGAUCGCAAUUAUAAAAAAUUAAAAGUAAAAGGACUUUUAGUCAUUUAUCUUGUAAUUUUACGAAAACAAUUUUUUAAAAAAUAGAUAUGUAAGCACUAGAAUAAUAAAGACUACUAAGAUAAUUUUUGGAGCAAUUAAUUUUUUUAAAAUACAAGAUGAAUUGAAAUACGUAUCCUAUAAAUUAAAUAUUAAUUGUGUAAUCAAUAUAAUAUUUAAAACUAUUUUGUAAUGCCUACAGAUCAUAUAACGCAAAAUAUGAUUUAAAAAUUUAAUAUGGUUUAUUAUAAAACUUUUGUUUAUCUAAGGUUUCUUGCUUUUUCAAAUACAUUAAGUAAGCAGAAACAGGCUGUCGUGAAUUCCUAGCAAGCAUCUUUUCCCGAAAUGAACUUGUUUUUGGAACUUUCUUGCUUUUUUUAAUUGUUUGAAUAUCGAUAACACUAAAUUGAGUUGUACUUCCAGAACAACUUGGUAAAGUAAGAAAAUCGUCUUCUACAGUCAUAUUUUUUACCUUUAUAACAGGUUUGGAACUAACUGUCGAAAAUUUUUCUAGUACUCUCCUUUUUUUCAUUGAUUUUAAUGGAACAUCCGAUAAAUUUUCAAGCACAUCAUUGGCAAGCCGUUUCACACCUUUCCCUUGUUCUUUCAUUUUACUUUCUGUUAUUUGAUUUUUGGGUUUCAAUUCUUUGAUCUUAAUUUCUUUUUGUUUCUGCAUUUUUUCUGUGUGCUCUUUUUGUUUCUUCUUUUUCAUUUCUUUGUUAGCUUUAAUACUAUCAGCAGUACGUUUUAACAUUUCCAUCACAUCAUCUCGAGCUUUAGAGAAUGUAAUCGUUUCUGGUCCUUCAUCAGACUCAGAUAUUGCAUUUUUCAAUUGUUGUUUUUUAUAAUUGCUUUCUAAUAGUUUUUUCUGUUCCUCUGAUAAUUUUUUAACUGAAACUUUUCCAUGCUGCAAAACAUCAUCUUUUAUUAAUAACUUCUGCUUUCUGUGUUUCUUCUUAGACGGUUGAUCAAUCAAAACAUUCUCAUUUGGUAAAGAACUUGAAAUUUUCUUUUCUUUCUUUAUUAUUUUACUCUUUUCAUUUAUUAAAUCUGAAACGCUUUCAAUUUCUUUUUCUUUCUUUUUUUUCUUUUUUACUUCGUCAUGUAUUUUUUUAUCUC